AUGUCGAUUGCCUACGAAACUCGAAACUCGGAAAGUCAAAGAAAAAUUGUAGAGAUGCUUGUGAGGUGUUUUACUCGUUCAAUAUGGAAUACUUUAAAAGGACAAAAAAGAUUCCUUGCAUCAGAUCCAACAAAAGCUGUGCCAGAUAUUACUGAAAAUAUAGAACCUGUACAGGCUCAAGCUCAUGACCAGGACAUUUGCUUGUUAGUGGAUGAACAAGACAACUUUAUAGGAACUGCAACUAAACGUGAUUGUCACAAAGUUGGUCCAGAUGGUAGUGUGUUACUGCAUAGAGCAUUCAGUGUAUUCCUUUUUAAUAAAAGAGGUGAUAUGUUGAUGCAAAGGAGGUCUAGCCAAAAAGUAACUUAUCCAGAGUACUAUACAAAUGCUUGUUGCAGUCAUCCUCUAUACAUAGAUAACAAGCCUGAAGAAGUCAUUACCGCUGCAAGGCGUAGGCUAAAUCAUGAAUUAGGUAUUCCGCUUGAUCAGAUGGAUCCAGAACUAUUCACGUUCCUGACUCGCGUGCACUACCACGAUCCCGGUGACGGGGUGUGGGGCGAACAUGAGAUCGACCACAUUCUGUUCUUCCAAGCCGAUGUCAAAAUAAAGCCUAAUUGUGACGAAAUAUCGGAAUACUGCUUCGUACCAAAGAGUGAAUUUAAUGCGUUUAUUCCAACAUUAGAAGGCCCCUUAACACCAUGGUUUAAUAUGAUCCGUCGCCAUCGACUCAAGCUAUGGUGGGACAAUCUCCAUCGCCUAAAGGAAUUAGCCGAACCAGAUAAAAUACAAAAGUUUCUUAACGAAAAA